GCAGCCGCGAGAGCGCCGCGGCGCGCCGGGCAAGCCUUUAGCGCCCGGGUGGCCGCCUCGCCGCGCGCUGGGGCUGCGCAGCCGCCGCCCGCGGCGGACAACGGAGAGGCUGCGCUCCCGCGCGUUUGCCCGCGGCCCCGGGGCCCAGGAGCCCUGACGGCUGCACGCGCGGCCGGGCGCGCUGGGGGCCUUCAUUAGCCCGCUCCGCGUGCCAAGAAGCCGAGGCUCUGGGCUGCGCUUGCCGGCUCUGAAGUUUUCCUCCCCGUUUCUCCCCACUUUCCCCUUCCGCUCACCCCGCAGUGCCCGGGGCUCAUGUCGGAGGAGUGCGGGCGGAUUGCAGCCCUGGCGGCCGGGAGGACUCGGAAAGGCGCCGGGGAAGAGGGACUGGUGAGCCCCCAGGGAGCGGGGGACGAGGACUCGUGCUCCUCCUCGGCCCCGCUGUCCCCGUCGUCCUCGCCCCGGUCCAUGGCCUCGGGCUCCGUCUGCCCCCCUGGCAAGUGUGUGUGCAACAGCUGCGGCCUGGAGAUCGUGGACAAGUACCUUCUCAAGGUGAAUGACCUGUGCUGGCAUGUUCGGUGUCUCUCCUGCAGUGUCUGCAGGACCUCCUUAGGAAGGCAUACCAGCUGUUAUAUUAAAGACAAAGACAUUUUCUGCAAACUUGAUUAUUUCAGAAGGUAUGGAACUCGCUGCUCUCGUUGUGGGAGGCACAUCCAUUCUACUGACUGGGUCCGGAGGGCCAAGGGGAAUGUCUAUCACUUGGCAUGCUUUGCCUGCUUUUCUUGCAAAAGGCAGCUUUCCACGGGAGAGGAGUUUGCUUUGGUGGAAGAGAAAGUCCUCUGCAGAGUGCAUUAUGACUGUAUGCUGGAUAAUUUGAAAAGAGAAGUGGAAAAUGGUAAUGGGAUUAGUGUUGAAGGUGCCCUCCUCACAGAGCAAGAUGUUAAUCAUCCAAAACCAGCAAAAAGAGCUCGGACCAGCUUUACAGCAGAUCAGCUCCAGGUAAUGCAAGCACAAUUUGCUCAGGACAACAACCCAGAUGCACAGACUCUCCAGAAACUGGCAGAAAGGACAGGCUUGAGCAGACGUGUGAUACAGGUGUGGUUUCAGAAUUGUAGAGCACGCCACAAGAAACACGUCAGUCCUAAUCACUCCUCCUCGGCCCCAGUCACAGCAGUCCCACCCUCCCGGCUGUCUCCACCCAUGUUAGAAGAAAUGGCUUAUUCUGCCUAUGUGCCCCAAGAUGGGACGAUGCUAACUGCGCUGCAUAGUUACAUGGAUGCUCAUUCACCAACAACUCUUGGACUCCAGCCCUUGUUACCCCAUUCAAUGACACAACUGCCAAUAAGUCAUACCUAAUUCCUUUUUUCAGGGAUAGAAAUGAUUAAGGAUAUAAUCUUGUCAUUUAUUAUGUAUAAAAUACCAUUGAAAAGAUAUUAAUGUUAAUUUUUUAUUUAACACUCAAAGCAUUUUCGACAUCACUUUGCUGCCCAGGUAUGUAUCUAUUGUUGGCCUGCAAGACACUUUUAUUGAUUCUUCAUUUUUUUGUAAAAUUUAUGUUUACAAGAAGAAAACAAAUCAACUUUUUUUUUUGUAUUGUCUGGAAAUAGUUCACUCUAGUGUGUAUCUGUUAAUUUAUUUGUCAUCAAAAGAGCACUUUGCCUAAAAAACAAAAGGACUGACAAGUGUGCAACAUGUUUACAAUCCUUUGUGAAAUCGUAGUUUACCAUUAGUUUGUAUCUGUAAGUUAUUGUUAUAAAUAUUACCUGUAUUUUUUGUUAUAUACAACUUUAUACUUUGAAGCUUGUAUCUGUGAAUUUUGCAACUGCAAUUUAUUUUGCCAAUGUUUUCUGAAUGAAUUGAAUAAAGCUUCUGUUGUAGCAUGCCAUGCAAACACAUUAUUGUGUUUGUGGUUGAUGAAUUAUGGCUGUAAAUAACACUAUAGUUUAAUAAGCCCACCCCUCCAAGUUUAUUAAACAUUUUCCAUUCUUGU